AUGUCAUCAAUGAACGUGGCCAAAUUAGAAAUGCUCUGAAUAAAAGUUCCAAUUACGACACCACUGUACGGCUUCUGCAAAUAUUGGAGGAACAUCAGUAUAUAGUUUGCCAUACAUUAUCAAAAGAUGAUCAUAUGCAAAACCUGUUCUUUACACAUAUUGAAGCUAUGCGUCAAAUGAUUAUAUGUUCAGAGGUGCUUAUAUUGGAUGCAACGUACAAGACAAACUUAUAUAAGCUUCCUCUUAUCAACGCUGUUGGUGUUAGCAACAUUGACAAUGCCAAAGUUCUUAAUACAUAUCAAAUUGCAAUGGCAUGGGUAGCAAACGAACAGGAAUACACAUACGAAUAG